GAGCAUUUGAUUUGAAAGCAUUUCCUCGCUACGAUUGGCUGAACUUUGUCUCAGAUGUUCCGGCACCGCGCGCAACGCCGCCUCCUCAGAACGCCGUGGAUAUGAGAAGUUUUCGCAUUAAAACGAGAAAUUGACGAAAAAGAACGUCGGCACUUAUAGGUGACAAGCAUAACGAUGGAAGCGGAACAGGAAAGAUUGUGAGAUACACAUAACGUGGCAAUGUGCGCUUCUACUACCGCAAGCAAGAAUGAGAAGUGGGGUGAAUCAGUGACGGAUUAACAUCUGCUGAGGACUCGAAGAAUUCGGGAAUAAAAGAUCCGAUAAAUUCUACAUGAAUUUACCGUGUUUCGUCUGAUUGAUCCGGCACUGCGGGCAGCGGCCGUAGCGUGGCACUGGCAACGCAGUGGGAGAAUAGCGGCUCGGCUGUUAAUACCGUAGGUAGUGCGCAGUGGUAAAGGCAGGCCUCCGUGCGCGCGGGCCGUGGUGAACACACACAACAGGUGUCCCGCGCGAUCGGCUGGGCUCUCCCGCGGUACCGGUUCGGUUCUCGUCCAUUUUGCUCCCCCCGGGUGUUUACCUCCCCGUCGCCUUUCACUCCGGGACGAGAGGCGCGCGAGCAGCAGAGAGCACAGAUCGUGGAGGUAUACGGAGCCCGAGGAGCGAGGUACAUACGCGAGCGCGUGUGGUGAACCCGACAGCGUGCGGAUCGGCGUAACAUGAUGUCGGAGACCGUGGUGACGAUGGACGGUUCCAGCAACAACGCCAGCAACAAUCCGCGGCAGGUGCCGACGGUGAAGACGGAGCCGGGCCAGCCGAACCCGUUGGCCGGCAUCCGGAUCAACGUGCCUUACUUCAAGACCAUACCCGGUAUCCUCAAGCUGGUGCAGCUGGUUCUGGGCAUAAUAUGUAUGGCAUGCGCAUCUCCAGCAUAUAUUGGUGCCACGCACUGGUUUCUGUUCGUCGUGGUAAUGUCCUUCAUAUCUACACUUAUAUGGAGCGCUAUAUACUUCCUGUCCCUCCGGGAGGUACUUAAGGUGCCCAUCAACUGGAUUCUAACUGAACUUCUAAAUACAGCUAUAAAAGCCGUGCUUUACAUGAUCGCAUUCAUCGCUCAGCUAUCGGCUUGGAGUGCAUUGAGACAUUCAUCAGCGAAUAUCGCUGGUGGGGUAUUUGGAAUCUUCAAUACUAUCGCAUACGCCGCCGGGGCUUAUUUCCUAUAUGUCGAAUGGAAGAGCACUAACACGCAAUGAGCAUCUACCGUCGGCCUACAGAGGAUAAGCCAGGUACCUGAAGAGCAUGCAACAACAACAACAACAACAGCAAUUGCCGCGACCAGACCCGCGACUUCUCAGCGUCCGUCCAAGGAAAUUUUGGCACGGCCCCAAGAUCGUGCUCGACAAGAAAGUCAGCGCUGAGAGGGAUGGCUUGAAACUAGUCCGGCGUGAUCCUCCUCAGAUCGUGUGUAGCUUAAAAAAGAAAAACUCUGUACCUACGUGCCUUAAGAUUAGUUACUUGUCGUGAUCGUCGUCGCUAGAGCGAAACUCGGUGCUGCAUCGAGGAGUUAAAAACGAAGUCGCAGGAGCGAACGGAGUGCUACAUUCGAGAUACCUGCCCGAAGACAAUAAAUGUUCACAAAGUCUACGCGAGAUCGUGUAAAUUUACUUGAAAUUAUAACAGAAGUAAUUCAAGAAAUAAAAUCAAAUGAUUCUUUUUACACGAAACUUCUGCUAAUCUCGCGAAAUGAGUUUUUUUAAUAUUAUAUAUUUAACCUGUUUGUUAAUAAAGAAAUAAAUAUGUAUCUUUGGAUAUAGAUGAUAUAAGCUAAAUUAUAUUUAAUAGCUGAAAAUAUUUAUAAUUUAGUUUUCCACAACAUCAUCUCUUUGUUUUUAUAUUAGUUACUUCAAAAUUUUAAUUGAGAAAUUUUAUCAUCUCACGUAGAUUGCAUAUCUUUCUAUCGUAUUUAAUAUCACAUACAGAUUCUAUAUAUAUAUAAUAUAAUUCUGUAAAAUUACACAUGAGACUGGCGUUAUUUCGUUUGUAUUAUCACUUCGAUCGUAAUAAUCCUUUGGCAAACGACAAGAUAAAUAGUUUUAAGAGAUUUUAUAAUAUAUCAGUGUACGGUAAGUUUCCGGAGGGCUUUCAAUCAGUACAAUUCAAUCUACAAAGACUCGGUGCUUCAUAAUCUAAUGCUACAGUGGAGUCUGCAAUGGAUAAUCUUCGCCGGCAAUUAUGAGAAACAUCAGUUCGCUUCUGACUGUCCCAAUGGAUUAACUUCUCGUGCAAUAGAUAUAAGUGCGUGAAACGUUAUUUUCUAACCGUACCCUUGCGCACUCUCGCGAGAUCUUAUUUAUAUACACACAUAUAUAUAUUUCUUUAUACAUAAUAUAUAUAGAUAUGACAUAGGUAUAUAUAUUAUAUAUACAUAUCCUCUUUAGAUCGGAUACAGUGUAAUUUCUUUUUACAUUCUCAUCCAUGUCUCAUGUAAAUCGUAUACUUGUUAACUUUGUAUGGAUUAAGGGAGACUGUCUGUCUCGACGGAAUCGGUUAUGGAUAUAGUUUACAACUCGAUUUAUCGUUUUUUUUUCCGUUAUGGUUUUUUUUGUUAUAU